GGCCACGGUCACAAAUACACAGCGAUUGUGUUAUCACGCACACUAGCGCAUGCCGCCAAAGUAGUCUAACGUGUUGACUGUCAUUAUGACGUUUUUAAUGUGAAUUGAGUGUUUAUUAAAGCUAAUUUGAACUGAAAUUGGACGUUACAUAUACAAAAUGAAUAUCAAGGCAGCUUUGGCCAUAUGUAUGGUCUUCGUCGGAUGUUGUUCCAACGUAGUUUUUCUUGAAUUGGUUGUGAAAGAAGACCCAGGCGCUGGAAAUUUGGUGACAUUCCUACAAUUCUUAUUCAUCGCAUUUUGCGGUUUUUGCACCGUUGGAAAAUUCGGUUUCGCGAAAAGGAACAUACCAUUCAAGCAAUACCUGAUUUUAGUUGGAUUUUUCUGGACAAGCAGCGUGGCUAACAAUUAUGCGUUCGAUUUCAACAUAUCUAUGCCUUUACACAUGAUUUUUAGAGCGGGGUCCCUAAUGGCGAACAUGGCAAUGGGUGUAUGGAUUUUGAAGAAGCAAUACCCAGCGUUGAAAUACUUGGCUAUCUUCAUGAUAUCUGCUGGUAUAGCGAUAUGCACUAUACAGUCGAGUGGAGAAGUUAAAGCCCCUAGAGAAACGCAUUCAGAUGCAGAAGAAGAAGAAAGAUUGAAAUUCAUAGAUUGGCUAUGGUGGUGUCUAGGCAUAGCCAUAUUGACUUUUGCUUUAUUCGUAUCAGCCCGUAUGGGUAUUUUCCAAGAAUCCUUAUACACUAAACAUGGAAAGCAUCCUUGGGAAGCGCUGUACUACGCUCAUUUAUUACCGUUAGUAAUCUGGCUACCAUCAGCUCCAAAUUUAAUAGGACAUGUCAAAUUAGCGACAGAAACUGCCCCAGUGAAUGUCCUAGGCUUUACGAUGCCUGUUCAAGUAUUAUGGCUGCUUUUGUACGUAGUUACUCAAGGUCUAUGUAUAAGUUCAGUGUAUGUUUUGACCACUGAAUGUGCGUCUCUGACUGUGACUUUGACAGUGACUUUAAGAAAGUUUGUGUCACUUUUGUUUUCAAUAGUUUACUUUAAGAAUCCGUUUACGAUCGGACAUUGGAUUGGGACACUUUUAGUUUUUAUCGGUACUAUGAUAUUUACUGAAUUACUGCAGAAGUUUGUCGCUCUGUUCUUGCCGGCUAAAGUUGAUGAUAAAAAGAAGAAGAAGUAGUUUCUUGUCAAGGCUAAGAUGGCCGGCUCUUUAUCAUUUGUCACCAU